GAGUUUAUAUUGAUCUGUUUGUGCAGAUUUUAUCGUUAAUUCUGAGUUAUAUCAUCUUCAGUAUUGAAAAAUGACCGACGCAGGAAAAGUCAAGCGAGGUCGUGACUUCAAAUUCUCCCGUCCAUGGGAACACUGUUUUGGAUCUGACCAGGAUGAUCAAGAUCUUCAUGAGAAAAAGAAAGAUCCAUUAAGAUCUCAGAUUGAUGCAAGAAAACGCAGAGGAAAUUUGCCAAAAGAAGCUGUGAGAAUUUUGAAAACCUGGCUCCAUGAGCAUCGUUACAAUGCUUAUCCCUCGGAUCAAGAAAAGGUGUCUCUGUCGAGUGCUACUAACUUGACAGUUCUACAGGUAUGCAACUGGUUCAUCAAUGCAAGGAGGAGAAUUCUGCCUGAGAUGAUCAAGAAAGAUGGCCAGGAUCCACUUCAGUACACAAUUACCAGAAAACAUAAACAAUCAUUGCUAGACCGUGUCACCUUUACAACAGGAGAAGAAUCAAACAUGGAAAGUGGGUAUGAUGGAAAUGAUGAAAUAUACAGGUCCAGAAUGCCUUUUCUCAUAGACACUGAUGGAUAUAUGUCCGAUUGCGAGGCGUCUUCAUCUAGUGACUUUAAUUCCGAGUCUGAAUCUGUGUCUGAUACAAGUGAUGGUAUGUCCAGUCGGUUUCACGAGCAUAGUUACACACAGCGAUAUGAGCGAGUACCAGUUCAGGACCAUUCAUCAAUUCCCAGUCAUGAACUUGUUCGCAAGGAUUCAUACCCUUCAGAUGACAACACCCCACCCCCAUCGCCUCCAGAGCCCGCACCCGUUAACCAUACCCCAGAAUCAUUCAACGCUUUCCUCAUGCUUGUUGAUGUUGCAAUGAGUCAGCUUGAGAAACAGAAAUGUGAAGAGGCGACACACGAAUCUCCACAGAAAUCAUUCAUUUCCAUGUGAAAUUAACACAAUGACAAUUUGAAAAUAUAUACUGUUAAUCAAGUUUACCAUUGUGCAAGAUGGGAUAUAUAUACAAAUAUUUCAUGGAUAGAGUUAUGAAAUAUUUUGACACAAACUUUAUAAUUUUGUGAGUUUUGUAUUAAACAAUUGAAGCAAUGGGAUGUGCAUAUUUUAAUAACUGGACACAUUAUGUACCAUUUUGACAAAGUGACAUGUACAGUGAUUUAAUUGUCUAUAUUCUGCCUCAGGAUGUUUUAUUUAUCUUGAUGAAGUCGACUGGAUUAAUAAAUAUAUAUUGGCAGCCUGAAGGUAUUAGAAAUGGCAGCUCUUACAUAACUGUAGAAAAUAUACUGUUUACAAAUACUAGAAAUAAACAUUGGCUGUAGGAGUGUAAUCUUGAGUGGUAAAAUUUUAUGUGAAUGGAAAAGUGGGUUAUGAUGAUGAUAGUUUUUAAGAUUUCAGCUCUUUUAUGUCAAUAUCUUAAUUAUAAAUUGGGGAGAAAUCAUCUUAAUUCACUUACAUGCAAUGUUGAUGUGAAGAGCUACAGUUAUCAAUAAAAGCCGAGUAGAGGGGAAGCCAUAUUAAGCAGCCAUUAGCUAAUGUCAAGGUGCCGUGGCCAUGUUAAUUGAUAAGACAGGUGGGCCAUCUACCUUUGGUACACCGACCACAUGGUAUAUAUACAACGGUCGCGUACCCUGCCUGUGUUUACAACCUAUUUCCCGCGUUGGGUCGACUUUGACAGCCAUUGUAAUCGGGCCGGUUUUCCACUGCAAUGAUUGGCUGAGGAGACUAGACUGUAUACAUGUGUGUAUGUGAACUCGCAAGGCAGUGCGUGUGUAUAAAUGAUCAGGGCUUAUUUUACACGGGCAGGGCGAGAGAUACUGGAAAGAUACUGAUCUAAAUCCGGACUUAACUUUCCUAAGUGUUUUAUGCUGGCUGCAUUUGAUAGUUUUGUUUAACGAAAGCGGUUAUUGUACAUGAUAUACUUUUAUAUGUUGUUAAAACUGUUAUGUGUACACCACACUGUCAAGAUCUACGAUUCUGUUAUUUUCAUGUUCAAACUUAGACUUGUAUAUUUAGAAAGGCUUUUGAAGGAGACUGACUGUUUAUAUAUGUAUGCAUGACAUGAACUGCCAACUUUAUUCUCUGCUCAGAUGAAAUAUAUUCCACUUAAAAACUCUCAAUUGAUUAUUCAGUUUGACAAAUUGCAUUUAUAGAGACAUUGUAUAUUUUGAAAUUAUUUGUAUUAAAACCUGAAAAAUAAAUAUGAAAUCCUUUGAAA